AUGACAAUCCGUGGAUUCGCUUUCUGUGCUUUUGGUUUUGUUCAAUCAGCAAAAAAAAUUGAAAGAAGAGAAUUGAAAUCCAUUAACCGCUUGCCGGGUUACAUCAGGCACUAUUCACCUUCUGGCUUACAUCUCUCACUUUGCUCCAAUCAUAACAGCUUUGAAGAUCAUGCGCACGAACGAACAAACGAUGGAGAAGAAAAAACUGUUGAAGAUGUGGGCGAAUUCGCUUUUUCUUUUCAUUAUUUCUCCGACAGUUUUCCAGAUCAGAAGCGAGUGAGAAAAAACUCUUAA